AUUCACGUGGGAAGUGAAUAACCUCUUCUCUUCUCUCUAUCAUUGAUUCAUUAUACUAAUUCAGAUCACCAUUAUUAUAAGUAAAUAUAUUUUUUUUAGAUUUAUUGAAUAAUAAAUGUAUCUAACCAACAAAGAUCGUAACAAACAAUAUAUCAAAAUACAGAGAGUGUCUUUUAUCACCGGGAAACUAAAGCUUAAGCCAUGUUCACCUUCCUACAAACUUCUCUUUCACAUGCAAACUUCUAUUCUCUAUUCUUCACUAUCUUUUCACUCUUACUCUCUUUUUUCUUCAUAAUCAAAUAUUGGUAUUUUUCCAACAAUUCUUCUGUUGCCACAAAAAACUCACCACCAUCCCCUCCAAGAUUUCCACUACUUGGUAAUCUCCAUCAACUUGGCUUAUUCCCUCACCGCACACUCCAAACUUUAUCUCACAAAUAUGGCCCUUUAAUGCUUCUUUAUUUUGGCAAGGUUCCGGUACUUGUGGUUUCAUCUUCUGAUGCAGCAAGAAAAGUAAUGAAAACACACGAUUUGGUUUUCUGUGAUAGGCCACAAAGUAAAAUCAUUGAUAUCCUUGUAUACGGUUCCAAAGAUGUGGCAAGCUGUGCAUAUGGUGAGUAUUGGAGACAAGUAAGGAGUCUCUGUGUGUUGCAAGUUCUGAGUAAUAAAAGGGUUCAAUCUUAUGGUCGCGUUAGAGAGGAAGAAACUUCAAGACUGAUGGAACAUAUUAAGAAACAUUCUUCUUCUUCAUCCUCGUCGUUGAACUUAUCUGAGUUGUGUUCUAUGGUUACUAGUGAUAUAGUAUGUAGGGUGGCUCUGGGAAAGAGAUACCGUGAAGGAAGAGGGAAGAAAUUUCAGCAAGUGUUGGUGGAGUUUGUGGAAUUAUUGGGUACAGUAUGUAUAGGAGACUAUAUACCUUGGCUUGAUUGGUGGGGAAAAGUUAAUGGAUUUUAUAGAAAAGCAGAAAGAGUAGCCAAACAUUUGGAUGAGUUUAUAGAAGAAGUGAUUGAGGAUCACAUUCAUCGUAGAUCUGAUGAAGAUGUUGGUGUUGAUGAUAAUGAUUUUGUGGAUGUUUUGCUAUCAGUUCAAAAAACUAAUGCUAUUGGCUUCCCAUUUGAUAGAACUACAAUAAAAGCUUUGACACUGGACAUGUUUGCUGGAGGUACGGACACUACUUACACAGUACUAGAUUGGACAAUGACAGAACUGUUAAGACACCAAAGUGUGAUGCAUAAAUUGCAAGAUGAGGUGAGAACUGUGGUUGGCAACAAAACUCAUGUAUCUGAAGAAGAUUUGGUUAAGAUGAACUACUUGAAGGCAGUGAUCAAAGAAGCCCUUCGCCUCCAUUUACCAGUUCCGUUGUUAGUCCCUCGGAGCUGUAUGGAAGAUAUCAAACUAGAUGGCUAUGACAUUGCGGCUGGAACACAGGUAAUAAUCAAUGCUUGGGCUAUUGCGAGAGACCCGUCAAGUUGGGAUGAACCUCUAGAGUUUAAACCAGAAAGGUUUAUGAAUAGUUCAACAGAUUUCAAAGGAUUGGAUUUUGAACUUAUACCAUUUGGAGCUGGAAGGAGGGGCUGUCCUGGAGUGUCAUUUGCUACUGUUGUGAUGGAAUUGGUGCUAGCAAACCUUGUUUUUCAAUUUGAUUGGAAAUUGCCUGAUGGAGUAGCAGGGGAGGAUUUGGACAUGUCUGAAACUUUUGGCAUUACCUGUCAUAGAAAAUACCCUCUCCUUGCAGUAGCUACCAAACAUGAGAAAAAAUGAAUAAACAUCAAUAAAGAAGUAACACAUUACUAAUGAUAAAUAAAGACGUGUCAUGAUUUGUAUUAAGUGAUUGUGUAAUUUUAUAAAAUUAGAAGUUACAUUGGA